UUCUUAUUCGUUGACAGUUAUUACGAACUCACCGGGCAAGACGAGAGAGAAAACAAAACGAGGAGCGAGCGACGGUGAUCCGCUAUCAAAGCCGAGGGGAAGAUUUUCGAGGAUGAUCGGACGGCGUGCGGGAACGAAUCGAGCUGGCAUGAGGAGGGACGACUCCAUCCUGACUCGGUUUGUCGACUCAGUGUUUUCUCUAUUCCGAUUAGCUGAGUUUGAGAUCCUGUUUGUGCUAUUCUUCGUUAUAGCCUACGUCAUCUUCAAAGAUCUGACGGCGAGGCCGGAGUACAAUCGGAUUCUUGUUGAGAAGCCUCGUGGAUAUGACGUAUGGCCGUUCUAGCUGAAAAAAAUAAAUAAAGAAUUUGUAUUGAAUGGUUAGUACAACUCGUACAUUGUUUGUGUACAACGCAUUUGAUUAGCCUUCUUCUCUUGUAGUAAAUGUUGUCACUUUGUUUAUUUUCUCUAUGGUUUUGAAUGGUGACCAAGGAACGAAAAGGAACAGUGGAAACUUAUGUAAUUCUCUUUUUCAUUUCUGCAAUUUUAUUCCUAUACGUUCUUUUCCUAUUCGUUCUUCGUGUUUCCGAAAAGGUCACCAAUCGAAACUUAUGUAAUUCUCCUUUUCUAAGAGCAUCAUUAAUCUGGUUCUUAAUUUGGGUUAUUAAUUCA